UAGUUUAUCGAAAUUCGUCGAAUCUCCUUCUCCCUCUCUCUCUCUCUCUCUUUACCCCCCUCUCAUUCUAGGGUUAGGGUUUCGAUUCUGCAGGAGAUUUUUUUUUGUCAACUCAUACUGCUAAGCCCUCUCUUCAUAAAGCCUUGUUCGCUCUCUCUCUCUUUAGCUAUUUGAAUCAUUCCGUUUCUUCUUCUUAAUUCGAAGAACUUCAUUGGCUGAAGCAUGUCGUGAUUCUUCCAAAUUUCUGGUGUUAAUCCAAAACUCUAUUUGAGACAAACGUCUUCUUUGAUAAGUUAAAGCAAUGUAUACAUCCGAGGGAGCCCCUGAUUUUGUUGUUGACCAGGGCAUGUAUUACCCCGUUGAUGCCAGUUAUGGCUAUUAUUGUACAGGUUAUGAGUCCCCCGGUGAAUGGGAGAACCAUCAGAUGUUUUUUGGUGUAGAUGGUUCCGAAGUUCAAUACACGGGUGGGCAAAAUGAAAAUUCUCCUUAUAUAUGCUAUACGCCUAGUUAUGGAUAUGCACAGUCUCCUUACAAUCCAUUCAAUCCUUACAUACCUGGCGCUUCAAUGGGCGUUGAUUCUACUUUUGCUGGUUCCCAACAGUUCUACUCUAUUCCUCCUUACCAGAAUGUCGCGUCGUCACCUGCGUUUGUUCCGUAUGCAAUUCACCCUGAUGUCGUCUCGAACAGCUCAACAAACUCUUUGGUAGAGACUGGUUCAGCUAAUAGGGGUCGAUCUGACGGGAGAGGAUCAGGGCAUAGAAAUGCUUCAGCAAAUGGUGGACUCCAAAGGAAUGCUCCAAAACUCUCUGUAGCAAAUUCUGUGAGCAGGUCUUCAGAGAAGCGAAGGCCUAACCCUGGACAAAACAGACAACUAGGAUCGGAAAAGAGUGCUUCUACGGGAUUUCCUACUCUCCAGGGAACAGCUGCUUCUGUUAGCGCUCAACCAGUUGAUGUUGUUUCCAGUAGCAGAGUAUCGUCUUCUGGACAUUCAGACAUUGCUCCACCUGAACGUUAUGGUUUUUUGUCCAUUGCAACAAACAAUAACAAUCUUCGGCCCAAUAUGUAUGUUGCCCAUGGAAAUAUAAAUCCAGAUAGAGCCAGUGAGCAGAAUCGACGUCCAAGAUCGAAAGUAUCGAGAAACCAACUAAUUGUUAAAGCUUAUACAACAAAAGCUGGAAACGCUGAUGCUGAAGGAAAUAUUGUGAUCGAUCCUAGUCAGUAUAAUAAAGAAGAUCUCCGAAUCGAUCACAGCAACGCCAAGUUUUUUGUGAUUAAAUCGUAUAGUGAAGAUGAUGUUCACAAGAGCAUCAAGUACAAUGUCUGGUCAUCAACUUUGCACGGGAACAAGAAAUUGCAGAGUGCAUACGAAGAUGCUCAGAGAAUAGCCACUGAGAAGUCUUGUGAAUGCCCGAUAUUCUUAUUCUUUUCCGUCAAUGCCAGUGGUUUGUUCUGUGGCAUGGCUGAGAUGACCGGUCCAGUUUCUUUUGACAAAGACAUGGAUUUUUGGCAGCAAGACAAAUGGAGUGGAAGCUUUCCAGUCAAAUGGCACAUCAUUAAAGAUGUUCCCAACAGCUAUUUCAGGCACAUCAUAUUACAGAACAAUGAGAAUAAGCCAGUCACCAACAGUCGAGACACACAAGAGGUAAUGCUGAAACAAGGACUGGAAGUGCUAAAAAUAUUCAAAGAUCAUGCGGAAAGGACUUCGUUGCUAGAUGAUUUUGUGUACUACGAAAACCGGCAGAGAGUCAUGCAGGAUGAGAGAAACAGACUGCCGUACAGAACCUUCCUAAGCCCUUUACCAUUACCGAGACCAGAUUUCUCUGCUAGAAACAAGAAAACAUCCAUGGAAGCCUAUAAGAUACCUUCAGUAACUUCUACAGAAACCGAGGAGGUUUCUUCAAAGUCGGAUGGGAAUGAGGAGACCAUCGUAAAGGAAGUUUCUGAAGAAGAUACUAGUCUCACUCAGGAGAAGAUCAGGUCUCUUACCAUUAACCCGACUGGUACAGACUCUGACCCACCCUCUGGUUCUCACCUUAACCAGAGGCCAACCAAGUCUAAACCGGCCCCCUCUGUCUCUGACCAGAAGACAGAGCCUUCUGAAGCGGCUGAUGCUUGUCUUUCCGAUGACAAAGACAUUGUUAAAGUAGGAUCAGUGCCCAUAAAAGUUACAGGGUCUCCUGCAACCUUAGCAAUUGGCACCAUUUCUCUGGACCCCAAGUCACUUCAGAAGUAAACCCCUGGUUUGGUUUAUUAUCUGCUUCCUUCUUUAAUCAUCCUUCAAAGUCUUUAAGUUAAUCCUUGCAUUAUACUCCUGCUUCAUCAUUAUAAUGCCAAAAUGUGGUAUGAGGAGAGGUUUCGGUUUGUAUAGAUGAGUCUUGACUGGUGACUUGAGAAUCCGCGGUUUGGUCAAACGCCAAAAAAAGGGAAUCGCUGAGGUUUGCGGUUAGUGGUUGCAUUUUGGUUAUUUCGUAUUUGACAUGAAAGAGUUGUUGCGUUUUGAAUAUUUUGAUCGGAAAUUCCCUUUGUUGUCACAUACUGAGUGUGUUUUUUUCUGUUGUGAAAUUCCCAGUUUUACAUUUCCUUGUAUGUUGGCAGUUUGUUUGGUCAUUUGUUUCAACUCAAAGAGUUUCAAAUUGAUAUGUUAAAGUUCU